GUAGGUUCAAAAGGCGGAGCUGAGGAAAAACGAAUGGAAAUACUUUGUUCACUAUCUUGGUUGGAAUAAAGUGUAUGUUUCCUUUUCUAUCCCACCUUAUUGUUUUUUCAAAGCUUAUAAUUCAGAGUUAACGAGGUAAACAAUGCUGAAUCAGAGCUCUCUCUCUCUCUCUCUCACACACACACACAAAACACUCACUUGAUCUCACACAGAAAUGUAAUUAGGAUAAGUUUUCUGGCGGUAUGCUUGAUAUCUGCAGUUGGAUUGCAGCUACUGAGCUGUUGGGUUAUUUGGAUGUAGUUUCAAUCAAGGAUACUAUAACUCAUAUAUAAGCAUUCCUUUGUAUUGCUUAUCUGUCUUUUAUAAUGGCAAUAUGCAUGGGAGUAAAUAUUAAGCUCUUGACUUCAAAAGCUAAGUCUCUACAGGUUUAGAUCAUGAAAUAGCACACAAGUAGAUGGUUCCCUCUGGUCCAGUUGUUCAAGUCUUCUUGUCGUUGUACAUAAAAUCUAGGAUUCCUUGACCAGGACAGAAGAGAACUGCCAUAACAAAAUAGAAGCUGUGUUCUUUCUCUUUUUACAUGAAAUAUAGUUUCAGGUGUCCUUUGAAAAUUUGUGUUUGAUGGUAAUUAUAUUAGCUCACAUCAUACUCCAUUUCAUAGUUUUCAACAUACUAAGCGGUUUCACCUGAAUAAAAUUUAAAGCGAGGCCUCUCUUUUCUAAUUUUAAAGAUAAAGUACACUCUUUUCCCUUACAAAGCGUUCCUUAAAAGUCAUUCCUAUAUUAUAUAUUUUGUCUAUGAAGAGUAAAUUGGGAUUCAUACUCUUCUGUUGAAAUGGUUUUCCCUUUUCUUAAAGGGUUACAGUAAUCAUUACUAUGGCUUGGAUAUCUUUCCAGCAGUUGGGACGAAUGGGUAGGUGUGGAUCGCCUGUUGAAACAUAAUGAAGAGAAUAUAAAGAAGCAACAGGCUCUUAACAAGAAACAGGACAUAAUUACAAAGUCUGGACGUUUGACUCAAAUGAAGCCAAAAAGCUCUACUGUUUCCCGACCGAAUCAUGAUGAUAAUUCUACUCUUACUGAAAAUCAAUGAAAAGGUCUAAUAUAAGAAUAAAAUAAAGCAAAGAGGACCAGCAGUGGCACAGACUUUUUAGGCAGCAAGGGCUGCUGGCCUUCAUGUGGCCAGCCAAAUCUAGAAUGUAGGAUCACAGUUUUCCUUAACAUUUUGGCAGGCCUUUGGCAACUUGUUAGCACUGCUUCUUUCUGUUGCUAUGUUGAUAAUAGUUUCUGUCUGUUCAUUUUCUAGAUGCAAAAAUGGAGAAAGAGGAGCAGAAGAACAAUGUGGCAGAAGGGAAGAAGCGAAAGAAUGACUGUGGUGAGGACACUGUUGCCUUGGGAAAAUUUGUCAAGAUUCAAAUUCCUUCAAAAUUAAGAAAGCAAGUCAUUGAUGAUCGGGAAUUUACUUCUCAGCUGGAUAGGGACAUUUUAGGAAUGGAUAGUAGUCAACUCAAUGAGGCAAAUAAAAAAGGGAGUAGACGGGUAUGGACCAGAGAGGAGGAGUCUGCACUUUUAGGCAUCCUAGAGGAUCUAGUUGCAAAGAAUCAUCGUCAUGAUAAUGGUACUUUCAAAAGUGGAGCAUUGAAUCAAGUAGAAAAUGCCUUGCACAAUUUGUUUCCAGAGUCUGGCCUGAAAGCAAAACCACACAUUGAGUCAAAAAUGAAAAUAUUGAAGAAGCAGUUCCGUAUAGUUUAUGAAAUGGUGAACAAAACUGGGUUUGAAUGGAAUGAUGAAAAGAAAUGUGUGAUGGUUGAUACUGAAGAGACAUGGAAAGCGUAUCUUCAGCAUCACAAGGAGGCAGAUGGGUGGAGGGGUAAAUUUUUUCCGCUUUAUGACAGGCUUGGUUAUAUAUUCAAAGCGGACUGUGCACUUGGAGAAGGGUCUCGAACUUCAGCUGAUAUAGAUCAGGAGUUGAAUUGUAUGGAUGUUAGUACAACUGACUUUGAGAUAGAGGAAGACACUUUUCCAAGGUUAGUUGACCAAGUCUCAACUAACAAGCAAACAGAUCAAUCUCAUUCCUCACCAAGUAAGAGGAGAAGAGAUGAUGACUCCGGAGGUAGUAGUCAAAUCAAUGAAACAAAUGAAAAGAAUGGCAGACAUUUAUGGACCAAGGAGGAGGAUGAUGCAGUUUUAGGCAUUCUAGAGGAUCUAGUUGCAAAGGGUCCUCUUUAUGAUAAUGGUACUUUCAGAUCUGGUACAUUCGCUCAAAUAGAAGAUGCCUUGCGUCAUUUAUGUCUAGCCUCAGGGCUGAAAGCUAGACAUAUUGAGUCAAAAGUUAAGAACUGGAAAAGGAAAUGCAGCAUAGUAAGUGACAUGCUCAACAGAAAUGGGUUUAGCUGGAAUAAUGUGAUGAAAUGUGUGGAGGUUGACAAUGGAGAAACAUGGAAAUCCUAUGUUCAGACUCAUAGGGAGGCAGAUAAGUGGAGGGGAAAAUAUUUUCCAAUUUUUGACAGACUUACUCAUAUAUUUGAUGUGGACCGCGCAACUGUAAAAACAACCCAAGCACAAGAUGAGAUAGCUGAGGAGAUCAACUGUUUUGAGGUUAAUUCAACUGACUUUGGGAUAGAGGAAGGCACUUGUCCAAGGUCAGUUGACCAAUUGAUUACCAAGCAAACAGAUCAUUCUCAUUCCUCAGAAAGAAAGAGGAGGAGAGAGGAUGAUACAGGAGGUAGUAGUCAUAUCGAUGAGACAAGUAAAAGAAGGCGCAGACGUACGUGGACCGAGGAGGAGGAAGACGCACUUUUAGGCAUUCUAGAGGAUCUAAUUGCGAAGGGUCACCGUUACGAAAAGGGUACUUUCAAACCUGGUACGUCAACUCUAAUAGAAGAUGCCUUAUCCAAAUUAUGUCCAGCCUCAGGACUGAAAGCUAGCCCACAUGUUGAGUCAAAAAUUAAAAAGUUGAAACAGGAAUGCAGUAUUGUAUGUGACAUGCUCAACACAGAUGGCUUUAGUUGGAACAAUGAGAUGAAAUGUGUGGAGGUUGACAGUGAAACAUGGAAAAGAUUUGUUCAGCAUCAUAAGGAGGCAGAUAAGUGGAGGGGGAAAUUUUUUCCACUUUUUGAAAGACUUAUUUAUAUAUUUGAAGUGGGCUGCCCAAUUGCAAAAACAACCCAAACUCCAGCUGAAAUGGUUGAGGAGAUGAACUGUGUUGAGUUUAAUACAACUGACUUUGGGACACUGAAAGACGCUUGUCCAAAGGCAGUUGAACAAGUCUCAACAACCAAGGACAUAGAUCAAUCUCAUUCACUACCAAGUAAGGGAAGAGAAGAUGAUAUGGGAGGUAUUCAUCAUAUCAAUGAGACAAAUAGAAAAAGGAGAAGGCGUAAAUGGACCAAGGAGGAGGAGGAUGCACUUUUAAGCAUCUUAGAGGAUCUAGUUGCAAAGGGUCAUCGUUUCCAUAAUAAAACUUUCAGAUCUGGUACAUUGACACUAAUAGAAAACACUUUGUGCAAUUUAUGUCCAGCAUCAGGACUGAAAGCUUACCCACACGUUGAGUCAAAAAUUAAAAAAUUGAAGAAGGGAUUCAGUACAGUGUGUGACAUACUCAACAGUGGGUUUGGGUGGAAUGAUAGAACAAAAUGUGUGGUGGUUGAAUGUGAAGAAUCAUGGAAAGGCUUUGUUCAGCAUCAUAAGGAGGCGGGGAAGUGGAGAUACAGACAUUUUCCACUUUAUGAUAGACUUGCUCAUAUAUUUGGAGUGGACUCCACAAAUGUAAAAGCAUCUCAAGCUCAUAUUGAAGCAGUAGAGGGGAUUAAUAGUGAUGAGGUUGAGUCAGGUGACUUGGGGAUAGAGGAAGACACAAACUCAAGGUCUGUUGACCGCAUCUCAACAAACAAAGAAGCAGAUAAUUCUCAUUCCCCACAAAGAAAUAGCAGAAGACAAGAUGAUGAUUUAGGUGCUUCGUUAAACAAAGUUGCUGCGUCAUUUGUGGGAAUGAUGCAAACUUCAAAGGAGCAAAUGCGAGUACUAAUCGAAAAUCUGCAGUCGAAAGAUAAAAAUGAGUCCCUGCAACCAAAAGAUGUCAAUGAGUCUCUAUCCAAAGAUAAGAAUGAAUCUCAGCAAUCCAAAGGUAACAAUGAAUCUCUGCAGUCAAAAGAUAACAGAACAGGUCAGUUACGGUCUGAGCUUAAAAAGUUGGGGCUUUCUAUUACUGAUCGAGUGAAAGCAUUAAGACUACUCAUGGCUGAUACUUGGAAUGCUGAUUUUUUUCUUACUUUGGAUGAGGAAGAGAAAUUGGAAUUUGUAAAGCAACUCAUUGAUGAAUCAUCUAAGAAGUAAGGUGUAUAUUGUGGGUUAUAUUUGAACUAGUAAAUCUGCUAAAUUAUUUUCGCUCAUCUUGGACUACUGUUGAGCAUUGUCAAUUUGUCAUACUUACUUUGUAAAUUCUGAUAGAUAUCACUGGUACAAUUUUUGUGCAUCA